CCUCUUGAAUUUGAAAGCUAGUUUGGAAUUCAAAACGAACCUUGAACUUUAAAUCAGCCAUGGGAAUCUCCGUAGUUGUGUCAGUCCCAUCGGCGGUUCUUUUAGGUUCGUUCCUGGGAUUGAGGAACAAUGCAUCACCUUUCAUUCUCUUUCCCAUGUUGCAAGCUUCGCUCGUGGGUUUUACUGCCGCAAUAGCAGCCUCUCCAUAUGUGAAUAAGCCUUACUUGUUUGGGAAAACUGCCCUCGGGGAUUUCCCCUGGUGGUCUUACGCCAUUUUCCACCCCUAUCUAUUCGGUCUCAGAACCUAUGUUAUACUCAGAAGGAUGAGAAACGGGGAAGCUGUGUAUAAUCAAGUCAGCCCAGGUUUGUUUGUCGGUGGCUGGCCUUCUGGACCAAAUGAUUUGCCGCCGGGAAAUCCAGCUGUGGUAGAUUGCACCUGCGAGUUGCCCAGACCAGCACACUCAGAUCCACGUGAGUAUUUGAACAUUCCCACUUGGGAUACAAGAGGACCACGACCUGAAGACAUUGAGAAAGCAGUUCGAUGGGCAGUGAAAAAGAGAGAGCAAGAGCGUCCUGUCUACGUCCAUUGCGCUUUCGGACAUGGCCGCAGCGUAGCUGUUAUGUGUGCAUUGAUGGUAGCUUUGGGCUUGACCGAAUCAUGGAGCAACGCGGAGAAGAUAAUUCAACGCCAUAGACCCCGAGCACGUUUGAACAAAGCUCAAAGGGAGAGUCUACAACAGUGGAGACCGGAAACGCGAAGCGAGGGACACGGGAACCUCACAGUCCAUUAUCCACCUAGUCGUCGGGUCAAUCAUCCUGACCGCAACCGUCUUAUGCACAAAAGAAAGAGUUCACUGUAACUUAAUAUGAAGCUCAGAUAGUGACACACACAAGCAUUGGUUCUCAAAUUAGGAACAAUGUCAUUCCUAUUGAAUUCAACCUCACGACUAGAAAGUUUAAUCAGUAGAUGCAGGAGUCCAUUGCUCAGUGUAUUGCAGAACAAUCUAUGCGCUUGUUAGGGUUGCACUUGCUUCUGUUCUCCACCAUUACUAGACUCUAACUUGAACAUAUACAGUGACUAUGAAAGCCUUAUCACUUCGCUUCAUUUUUCAUCAGUGCAUUUGUAGGAAAUUCUUACUGUCUCAAGUUCCUAACUUCGACUUUCACCCUCCCGAUCUAUUAGCACCAAUUUACAGCAGCCUUGAAACAGACGUAGCAUGAAUACAAGCCAGUAGGUUUCUAGACCUUGGUAAAUACUCUUCCAGGUUGAGAAUACUGACAUGUGUUGAUGAUUCUCAAAAGCAAACCAGCGACUUUCAUACAAGAUACUUAAGUAACAUAGGUGGUCGGUAAGCGCACAACUCGUAUCCAAUUAGGAAAUACACUUAGGUAAGUUGUGCAAUUCAGACAUUUGUGUAGCUGCCGGCAGUUGGACCAAAAGAAGAAUGACAUCACAUCGUAGUAACGGGAUCUACUUCAGGUUGAGAAAAUUGGUCUGUGCCAACCAAUCAUAUACAAACAGAGUGGUGAAAAUCACGUAUGUUUUGUGUGGAGCUGAUAACCAGUCCAUAGCAUUGUCCGAUGGAAAAACUGCAUUUUGUGAACUUUACCAUGAGACAUCUCAUUACAACUGCUAUCCAUUGAUACUCUAACAAAGAGAUCAAAGGUAUUGCCUGAAUAAGUUACUGUACAAAUCUGUAGAUAGUGCAUGUCGAAUAGAUAGGGGGAGUAGGUUCUAUAAAGGAUCAUGGUCUUAAUCUCUCGAUCUACUCAGGGAAAUGUGCCUUUUCUUCUUCAUGAUAUCCUCCCGAUGAGUUCUUUUCAAAAUUAUUGAAACUACAAACCACUAGGCUUCACAGUCUUCGGUUUGGUUCCGGUCUUCUUCCAUGAAACAGCAGGAAGAAUCUGCUCAAAAUCUACUCUGUCUUUGUACUUCACAGCUACAUUUAGAAGAGAAUCUAACAACGCGUCACCAAGCAAAUGUGGCUCAAGACCAAGCUCCACUAAUUUUGAAUGCUUGGCAUUGUAGUAGUGUUCUUCAGCUUCCACACGGGGAUUUUCCACAUGGGAUGUCUUCACUUCAAUUCCAAGCUUUUCUCCUGCCUUGGUCACGAGUUUGGCGAGGUCAUUUACCGAAAACUGUUCGGUAAACUGGUUGAAAACACGGAACUCACCUGUCUUGGCAGGGUUCAGUAUUGCCAGCUCCAAACAUCUCACCGUAUCCCUGAUGUCUAAGUAGCCUCUUG